AUGAGCGGACUUCGCUUCCUCGAUCUGAUUAAGCCCUUCACGCCCCUCCUCCCGGAGGUGGCAGCCCCGGAGACCAAGGUUCCCUUCAACCAGAAACUGAUGUGGACGGGAUUGACCUUGUUGAUCUUCUUGGUUAUGAGUCAGAUGCCCUUGUAUGGUAUCGUCUCGUCCGACACAUCGGAUCCGCUGUACUGGCUGCGUAUGAUGUUGGCCAGUAACCGGGGUACGCUCAUGGAGUUGGGUAUUACUCCCAUCAUCUCUUCAGGCAUGGUUUUCCAGCUCCUCGCUGGUACCCACCUCAUCGAUGUCAACUUGGACCUCAAGACCGACCGUGAGCUCUACCAGACCGCUCAGAAGCUUUUCGCUAUCAUCCUUUCGUUCGGUCAGGCCUGUGUCUACGUCUUGACUGGUCUCUAUGGCCAGCCCAGCGACCUCGGUGCCGGUAUCUGUGUUUUGUUGAUCGUUCAGCUGGUUGUUGCUGGCCUUGUGGUCAUUCUCCUCGAUGAGCUGCUCCAGAAGGGCUACGGUCUCGGAAGCGGUAUCUCUCUUUUCAUCGCGACCAACAUCUGCGAGUCGAUUGUUUGGAAGGCCUUCUCCCCCACGACCAUCAACACUGGCCGUGGUCCCGAGUUCGAGGGUGCCAUCAUCGCCCUGUUCCACCUCCUGUUGACCUGGCCCGACAAGCAGCGUGCUCUGUACGAAGCUUUCUACCGACAGAACCUCCCCAACGUCAUGAACCUCCUGGCUACCGUCAUCGUCUUUGCCUCCGUCAUCUACCUCCAGGGCUUCCGUGUUGAGAUCCCCGUCAAGUCCUCCCGCCAGCGUGGCAUGCGUGGUUCUUACCCCGUCCGCCUGUUCUACACCUCCAACAUGCCCAUCAUGCUCCAGUCCGCUCUGUGCUCCAACAUCUUCCUGAUCAGCCAGAUGCUGUACUCGCGUUUCUCUGACAACAUCCUUGUCAAGCUCCUCGGUGUCUGGGAGCCUCGUGAGGGUUCUGCUCAGCUCCAUGCUGCUUCGGGUAUUGCCUACUACAUGUCUCCUCCCUUGAACUUCAAGGAGGCCCUUCUCGACCCCGUUCACACCUCCGUCUACAUUGCUUUCAUGCUCGUUGCCUGCGCCCUCUUCUCCAAGACCUGGAUUGAGGUUUCCGGCUCUGCUCCCCGUGAUGUUGCCAAGCAGCUCAAGGACCAGGGUCUCGUCAUGGCCGGUCACCGUGAGCAGAGCAUGUACAAGGAACUGAAGCGUAUCAUCCCCACUGCUGCCGCUUUCGGUGGUGCUUGCAUUGGUGCUCUGUCCGUUGCCUCUGACCUUCUUGGUGCCCUUGGAAGCGGUACUGGUAUUCUGCUUGCCGUUACUAUUAUAUACGGAUACUUCGAAAUCGCUGCCCGAGAGGGCGACUUCGGUUCUGGCCUCAAGGGCCUUGUCCCCGGGAGCUAA